AAUGACUUAUGUGAAAACAUAUGGUAUACAUUGUUUCUAUUGUAGGUGGAGUUUGUCUACGAUCAGAAAGACGGUGCCUGCUAUUUCCUCUACCAUUAAACGCGUUGUUUUCCUUUCAUGUUCUGUCAUCAUCUGUCAUUUUCUGUCAGAUGCAACAAUAACUCGGGCUUGAGCUUUGUUUGCUACUGUGGCAGUCGCUCCACCCUCUCUUGUCAAACGAGUUCGACAGCCUUGUAGCUGGCUUAGAAGUGUUCAAAGUCUACUUUGCCAUUUUACCUGACGUGUUUAUAGAUUAGCACUCAGCAGUGACUGAUGUUGUUAAAACAUGGACGAAACAACGCCGCAGCAAAUACCGACGCCUUCUCCUCAACCAGAGAGCAUGGGCAAGUGGACACCCAUGAGCAAUCUCCGGAGCUACCUGGAGCAUCAUCCGCCAGCGGUGAUCUUCUACCUGUGUAUGGUCGUGAUGUCCAUGACCUUCAUCGGUUUUGGGUUCUACACGCAGACCAGUCGUGUAAAGAACCCAGACGUCGUGCCAGACUGGAAUCAGCUUCUGGGGUCCAUCGCUAGUCUGCGUUUCUGCCUGCCCUCUAAUGGGAGUGGAAGUGGUGACGUGGAGAAUGCCGCUGCGCCAAAGGAGAAGAGCAAUGGACAGCCAGGCGAUCCCAAGAUUAUCCAGCGCUCUCUGCUAGUGCCUUUAGUGUUCACGGGAAACCCGGACGCAACAAACAACAUUUUCAGUGCCACGUUGUUUGGACACCAAGUGGGUGUCAAAGGUGAAGCUGGAAAGCAAUUGUUCAACAUGAGCUUGAUCUCCUACCCUCAGACGCAAACGUCUAGUUCCAAACAAGACGGCUCCUCUGAUAAACGACUGACCUGCCUUCAACUCAGAGCUCCAGAGUCCAUGCUGCCCAAAUCACCGAGUCCAACGGAUUGCCCAUGGCGACAAGAUGUGGCCAAUGAUCGUCUCAGCGUGAGGGCGGUGCCAAUGGACAGGAGCAAGAAUGUCCCAUCGUCAUUCCACUGCCUCACCUUAGAGUUCACUCCAGACGAUGAGCUGACUCCCUUCCUGUCUCAGGAGGAGAAGACCUUGGUGGGGCAACAUUUGCUAAUGGCCAGUGCUGCUCUGUUGGUCAUCUGUGGUCUGCUCUGCUUCACUGCAAGUCUGCCCUGCUGUAGGUCCAGACGUUACCAUGGAACUGAUCUUGGUCUACAGAAGGAUAUGUAAUAUGGGUUUUAAUCCCCAGGAGCCCCUUCUGGAGUCAUGACUCUGCUUGCUUGGGAUCCACAAAUCUUCCAGAACUGAGGUCAUUCCUUUUAUAUAAAAAAGGAGAGGGAUGAGAAGAUGUGUCUUUGCCAUUCCAUGGAAUUUUUCAACAUUGGACUGAGGGGGAGCAGAAAAGUUUGGACUGUGUGUACACAAUGGACAUCUCUCUUUGGACCAAACAAAGGAACAUGACAUGGGUCCAGCAGUGUGUAAUGUUGUAAGGUGUUGGGGUCUGUUUAUUCUGCUAAGAGACCUGACAGGCACCAAGUGUCAGGGCGAGUACUGUAUCUUCACACAUGCUAUAGAGCUCCAUGAAAAAGGACCUUAGCCAUGAAGGCCAACGAAACCUCAUCUGACCAGGACAUUUUCCUCAAGGGGAAAAAAAAGAUAUUUGUGUGUGUUAUAAAUGUAAUAAUGUAAUUAUUGUUGCUGUCAUGGAUGUUUCUGUGGCAAUGUCUGCUGCCUAUUCCUGAAUUGAACGAGUUGAGGGUUUUUUUUUUCAUCUAAUUUAAUUUGUUAACAAAUGAAUUGGAGGCUGCUCACUAAAUGUAACUGAAAUGUAACUGUUACUCGUAAAAAGUGAAUGGACCUUUCUUACCACAGACUUUUUUUUUUAAUUAAAAGUUUAAUUUAAAUCAUAAACCUUGUGGAGUUGGCCACAAAAUGGACUUGUGCUUUAAAAGACAAGACAGGAAACACCUUUCAUAGACACAUUUGGUUCCUCUUGUUCGCUGUUGCGACCAGGGCUGAACAUCAUUCUAGUUCAGUGAUUCUCUUCCCUCUCAGCUGUCACCUUCUCAGCGCCCCCCUAGGGCUUCAUAACGCCCCAUGGUGAGACUGUAGAGCCCCUAUUGAGAAACACUACUCUGGUUCCUCUCCUGUAGCCUCCAGGAACACGAGAGGUUUCCCUGCUGUCGAGCUGCGCAGAGCAGCUUUUUGUGUCCCCAACCCCCUCCCUCCCUCCGUCAAUAUCCUGAUUGCAAAUGUGGACAACUUCUUCUGAAAUCAGGUUUUUUUCCUCAAGAUAUUGAAAAGAAAUGUUGAUCAUUGACAUCAGGCCUCACAUCACGAAGGUGGAGGGAAGGAGGCAUUGACAUGGGGAA